CUCUGUCUCUCUCUCUCUCUUGAAGAAGCAGCAGCUCUCGAGGUUUCUUCAGUUGCGUCAGCGACGAGCAUUGUAAAUCUGUGAGCGGGUGUAUAGCUAUACAGGCAACAGUGUUAGAGAAAAGAUAUGAUGAAGUUCGCUUUCGGAAAGGCUUAUCUGACUAUUGGACUUCGGUGGUUGGGUUUCAAAAGACGCAAAGCACGUGCGAUCUCCACAGCUAGGACUGAGGAGAAUGGUGUGGGCAAUCAUCCUCUAGGUUGCGUGAUAUUCAAGCAACCCGACCCGAUAGCUCCUGACCACGAAGCGGCUUAUGUCUCCUGGGUGAGGGAACACCCGUCGGCACUGCGCACGUUUGACCGGAUGACGAAAGCGGCAAAGGGCAAGAGGAUCGUCGUGUUUUUAGACUACGACGGCACCCUCUCUCCCAUUGUAAAUGAUCCAGACCUUGCGUUCAUGUCCGAUGAGAUGCGCGGGGCAGUACGCGAAGUUUCAAAGUAUUUCCCGACAGCUAUUAUUAGUGGAAGGAGUAGAGACAAGGUAAAAGAGUUUGUAAAGUUAGAUAAUGUUUACUACGCCGGAAGCCACGGAAUGGACAUAAUGGCUCCACCACAGCAACUAACAUCUGAUGGAAAGCGCCGUCCCCUGGCCAUCGAUCGAAAGGGAAAUGAAGGUUCGUUCCAACCAGCAAAGAAGUUCCUGCCUGCAAUUCAAGAGAUAUUCACCGCAUUAGAGGAAAACACCAGGAAAAUAAAGGGUGCCCGGGUCGAGGAUAACAGAUUUUGCGUCUCUGUGCACUUUCGGCAAGUCAGAGAAGAGGAUUACGACAUAUUGAAGGAGAAGGUGAAAUCUGUACUGGAGAACUAUCCGGAUUUCCGUUUAACUUGGGGAAGAAAGGUCAUGGAAGUUCGACCAUGUAUAGAGUGGAACAAGGGACAUGCUUUGGAGUAUUUACUCGAGCGUUUAGGACUCAGCAACUCUAGCGACGUCUUUCCAUUAUAUAUAGGGGACGACCGAACCGACGAAGACGCUUUCAAGGUAAUAGAGAGUAGGGGACAAGGUUAUCCCAUUGUUGUAUCUUCCGUAGCUAAGGAUACGAAGGCUCGCUUCUCUCUAAAGGAUCCGAAAGAAGUACAUACGUUUUUGUCUCACCUAGCUAGAUGGAGGAAGGGUUCUUCUUCUUCUUUCAGUAGGUCUUCUGCUCAAAUCGUGGGGAUUGACGACUGAUGAAGACUGCUUGUUGUCUAUGUAAAUGGCAGAAGAAGUUGCAGACCGGUGGGGACAGUUUUUAACUUUGGGGACUUCACCGUUCAUUUGUUCUUUCAUAUUUUGACUCUUAAGAGUAGUUAACCACAAUUCCUGUGGCUCUAUGGUAGUGUUACUUCAUGUAAAAAGUCGAGACACGGGACAUGAGUACCAUGUGCUCCUAUUGCUUCUACUUUUCUAAUGGUGAAGGUCACAUGAAUCUGUCUUUUU